CACGUGCAGUAGUCAUGGUUCAAGACGCACAGAGGUUUAUCAUAACUCCAGCAGUCGGGUGAGGAUGACUUGGAAGCCUCUGCAAGAUCCUGGAACUGAAACUACGUUAAAUAAUGUAUUCUGAGGUAUACUGGAUACCUGAGGAAGGGCUCUAAAUAAUGCAUUUUCUGGGCAUGACAGUUGUAGCAGAAGAGAACGCUGAAACCUGUAGCAAGACUACAGCCUGAGAUGAAAGAAUGUCUCAUUACCAUUUUAUCAAAUGCUGCUGUUUCCAGCUAUGUAAUGUUUUUCGGUCCCAUGAGAUGGAAAUUGAGCAGUGCUUGCUGGAGUCCCUCCCUCUCGGCCAGCGGCAGCGGCUGGUGAAACGGAUGCGCUGUGACCAAAUAAAGGCAUAUUAUGAACGAGAAAAAGCUUUCCAGAAACGGGAGGGCUACGUGAAAAAGCUGAAACAUGGAAAGAAUCAUCGAGUUCGUUUUAAUCUUGCUGAUAUGAUACAGGAUGCAAUCAUACGUCAUGAUGAUAAAGAAGUGUUACGGCUAUUGAAGGAUGGUGCUGACCCUCAUACGCUUGUUUCCUCAGGAGGCUCCUUGCUCCAUCUGUGUGCUCGCUACGAUAAUGCAUUUGCUGCAGAAAUUCUAAUUGACAGAGGAGUAAAUGUAAAUCAUCAAGAUGAGGAUUUUUGGACAUCAAUGCAUGUAGCCUGUGCAUGUGAUAAUCCUGAUAUUGUCCUGCUACUGCUACUA